GGCUCCUCCCCACGUGUGUGUGUGGAGCAGCGGCGUCAACAUGGUCCCGACCGACAGCAGCACACUCCAGCUACGUUAGCCGGAGUUGAGACCACUGCUCCCGCACGCGCCGCGCUCCGGGGGGGAACCGUCCUCACUCGGAUGAGAGAGUUACAUCCGUACAGCGAAGUGUGCAGGUUGGAUCUUUUAAAGAUCUACUGCGGCUCCCCUCCCGUUUCUUCUCCUCUCCCCCUCCUCGCUCUGCUCACAUCAAUAUGGCCAGCGGGGAUGAUGACGACCCCAUUAUAGAGGAGAUUGACGUGUACCUCUCCAAAAGCCUUGCAGAUAAGCUGUAUCUUCUCCAGUACCCUGUCCGACCUUCCAACAUGACCUACGAUGACGUCAACCACUUGGCGGCUAAGAUCAAACCCAAGCAGCAAAGGGUGGAGUUGGAAAUGGCCAUGAACACGACGAGUCCAAACUACUGUCGCAGUAAGGGAGAGCAAAUAGCUCUGAAUGUGGACGGCACCACUUUCGACGAAACCAGCACCUACUCAGUGAAAAUGAUGGACAAGCAGACCUUCUCGUCCAUCCAAGCCACUACCAACACCUCCAGAUAUGCAGCUGCCGUGUUUCGCAAAGGUGAACUUCACGUCACACCUCUGACGGGAAUCCUCCAGAUGAGACCCAGCUUCUCUUACCUGGACAAGGCUGACAACAAAACCAGGGAGAGGGAGGCAGCCAACGAAGGUGGAGAUUCCUCCCAGGAUGAAGCUGAGGAAGAGGCCAAAGCCAUCACAGUGAGGUUUGCUAGGCCUGAGUCGGAGCAGGCCCGGCAGAGGAGGAUCCAGUCCUACGAGUUCAUCCAGAGGAAGCAGGCGGAGGAGCCCUGGGUUCACCUGCACUACCACAGCGUCACGGACAGUCGCUCAGAGCAUGAAAAGCAGUACCUCUUCUGUCAGUCAGUGGACGCCUCCGAGAACUCUGAACUGGUCAAAACUCCUAAGGAGUACCUGGCGAUGCUGAUGCCUCCUCUCGCAGAGGAAAAAGUUGCGAAGCCUGUCGGUCCCAGUAAUGUGCUCUCCAUGGCUCAGCUCCGCACUCUGCCGCUGGGAGAGCAAGUCAAGACACUAAUGAAGAACGUCAAGGUGAUGCCGUUCGCGAACCUCAUGGGCCUCCUCGCUUCGGGCACAGACUCAACCGCAGUGAUGCGCUGCAUCCAACAGGUGGCGCUGCUGGUUCAGGGGAACUGGGUUGUUAAGAGUGAUGUUCUUUAUCCUAAAAACACCUGCAGUCCUCACAGUGGCGUCCCUGCUGAAGUGCUCUGUCGUGGCAGGGACUUUGUGAUGUGGAGGUUCACUCUGGAGCGCUCGGUGAUGAGGAAGGAAAUUACAUCCAUCAUCAAACUUCCUCCGGAGGAUGUGAAGGAGUUCCUUGAGCACGUGGCAAAACCGCGGCACAACCGGGGCUGGGAGUUCCUGUUGCCGACUGAUGUCGACUUCGUUAAGAAGCACCCAGACGUUGCCCACAGGCAACACAUGCUGUGGCUCGGCAUCCAGAGCAAGUUGGAAAAGGUCUUCAACUUCUCCAAAGAAGACUUUAUGCCAAAGAAUUGCCCUCAGCCUGAGCCGGUUGUUGUCAGUGGAGAGCAGCGUCUGAAGAUGGCUCAGGAGCGAGUGCAUGAAAACCAGUCGUCCCUGCAGAAGGAACUGGACGCCAAAAGGGCCGGAGUCGGCGGCCAGGUCAAGCGGGAACCCGCCAGCGACAAGGAAGACGAGCCCAUGGACACCAGCUCCGCCUCUUCCCUCCCCAACGGCUCUGUGAACGGGUACCCCAGUUCCACCUCGCCCGCCUUCGAGCACACUAACGGCAACGGGCCGUCCCCGGAGCUGCAGGACUUUGUCACAAAGACUUUCCGGAAGCAUUUUGUACUGACGCUGAACGAGUUGAAGAGGCGGUUCAACCUCCACCUGGCCUCCAUGCCAGCAGGUUGGAACGUCUUCCACUCCGUCUCGGAUCACAUGCUGCAGGAUACCAUUCUGCUCUGCAGCUGCAAACAGAUCAUGGUGCCUUUUCCGGCUCAGACCACGGCGGCUCACGACGAACAGAAGGUGUUUGGUUUGUGGGAAAGUGGAGAGGAGUUCGACAAGCACCGCCGGCUGCUGUACGACCUGUUCACGAAGAAUUACCGGGUCAGGAGGAACAUGGUACAAGUCAAACUGUCACAGGAGUUCGGGGAGGUCCCUAAAGCGGAUGUCGACCGGCUGCUCAAGGAGUGCUGCAUCAGUCAGGCGGGCAUGUGGUACCUCAAGGGAACAAUUCAGUCUUGACACUGAGACGCCGCCCGCUGUGGUCACCGUCAGCCAAUCAAACCCUCUCCUGAGGUGUCCAGUGGGAGGGCAGUCAGCGAGAUGAGAGGCCAAUCACGGCUCGCCCAGCUCUGAGGGCUGGAGACUCACUGGAGGAAAAAGAUGUCCGCUCUGCUCAGAGCGGGAAGCUUUUCUUCUUUCAGCCGAAAACAUUUCUGACUUUAGCGCGAGCACUUUGGUGCCGCGCGGCGGACACUCGCACCAACAGCUGGAGGAAAUACGAAUAUUUAAAAAGAAAAUGAAGAAAUGGCCAGAUAUGCUUUACGGUUUGUCUGUAGAUUUUGGGAUUUAUGACCUCAUGUUUGAUUAUUUUGGGAUGCAACUUUUACCAGGUCAUUUUACCAGGGGGUGUUACCUUUGAGAAGCAACCACGGCUCAGAGUGCUUUCAUUUUACUUUAUUUAACUUUGCCAGAGAAAACUUUGAUUUACUUCAUCAACAAAGCAAACAAUUGUAGAAAACAAUUCACGUAACUCUUUUUUUUCUGGGGGGGUCUUUGUCAUCCUCAAUACACAGUUGUAAAAGGAGAGCUUUAAGAGUGGAUGGUGUGAUGUGCUCGGUUAAAUUGUGUGAAAGUACAACAUGGGGAAAAGUUGCCAAAAAAGUCGACAUCCCUCGAAGCAAAAGGGAAAAAAAGAAAAGAUGCAAAAAGUCUCGAAAGUCUUUAUCCUCAUGUUAUUUCACUAAAGUCUUGGACCUGGUCACUGCUUCAUCAAAUGUGGCUUUUCCCGCAUCUCUGUAUUAUUCAAAUUUAAAAUCUGAGGAGGUGGAGGAUGAAAACGGUUGAUGAUGUUGAGGUUUGUGUUUCUUGGUUUUCCUUCUGU